AUGCCACUGACGCGAUACAGGAAACAGAAAUGUGGAGGCUUCACAUACGACGUCAAGUGCCAGCCAUGUACCAAUCGCAACGUCAAAUGCAGCUUUGAGGAAGAGGUCAAGGACCUGCGCUUCAACCCCUACCUCCGCCGCAGGUCCUCACGAUCGCCUUCAGUCAACGUUGAAGAAGCGCGCAUUGACAAUGCUCGUGCCUCUGCAGAUGGUCCUUCGCCAUGUCUAGUCCCGGCUCUGGCCGCGUUCGACAGCAGGGAUGUACGGCCGGAUGCUUCACCAGCAGAGGAAACGCUUCCGAAGAAGAUUGAUUCGCUACAAUCACGCGUCGCCGAGCUUGAGCAAAGGCUCGGCACAGCCCAGAGGGACUUUGCAGACUACAUGGACACUCCACGCUCCCAGCCGGAGACAUCGCUUCUGCAUCAUGCCAACCCUGACCAACGUCGACAUGGUUAUGAGCCCUCUUCGACGGUUCCCGUCGGCCUACUAUGUAAUUCCAAUCCACACAGCUUGCCCAGCCCCCAUGGAACUGUCAACACCGAUGGACCUUUAAAGGCGUUGAACAGCAUGCAAAGAGACGAUCCUGGCGAAUUCGAAAUGCACGAUCCAAUCACCUGCUCGGUACUGACAGAAGGUGAAGCGCACGUCAUGUUUCGUCUAUACUUUUCCAACUGUCAGCUCAAUGCGCCAUUCCUUGAUACUAACCUUGACACCGACAUUGAUCGGGUACGCUCGAGGAGCGUCUUGCUGUUCAUUGCCAUUCUCUCAGUCGGCGCCCGGUUCUGGAGUGCUUCUUCAAAAGCCUCCUGCUGGCUGCAUCCUCGGUAUGCAGAGAUUGUUCGGCUUCUUGAUGCUGAAAUCAUGAGGGUCACGCUGCGCCCAAGGCACGACGACCAAAGGCUCGAAACAGUGCAGGCACUGAUGUUAUGUGCGCACUGGAUGCCCUUUGAUCCCACCAGGGGUCAGCAACGGUAUCAAUCUAGGUUCUCUGAAGCUGGCGCAUGGCAGUGUCUGGGCCUAGCGAUCCGAUGGGCGACGUCCCUAGCAUUGGAACGCAGCUGCCAUACCAGUUUCCUACGACCGGAGACAGUGACCCAAGAAGACGCGCGGCGAUUCCGAACGAUGCUGUAUCUGGUAGAGAGCGAUCACUACCUCGCACUAUCUGCUCGACGGCCUUCGUACCUCAACCCUAAGCCCCUCUACGAUGUGCUCACCAACUUCCUACAGUGCAAGUACGCGCAGAGCACAGAUAUCCGUUUAGCAUGUCUUUUCCGAGUCGCCUACGGCGCACACUUCACUGGGUGUCGGCCAACAACCAUCGAGAGUGUCGAAGCCUUUGACCACGAUGUGCAGCUGAUGGAGCGACGCUUCAUGUCUCGCCAGGGCGAUCAACUAAUGGAUGGAUUCAGCCAACACUUCCCGUUCACUUCAUUGCAGUGGUAUCGGCUGUCGUAUGCCUGUGCAUUUCUCGAUGCCGCCGAUCCAGCUCAGCGGACGGGGAAGGUUUUGACAUGGGCUAUUGAAUGGGCGAGCCAGAUCCUCGUCCACUUGUCUAAACCAUCGUCUUCCAGUAACAGUCCAACACAAGUGCAGCUGGAGCCCGAUCCCAGUGUAGUCGACAUCUUGUCCUUCGCUAUUGACCACUACUUUGUCGUCAUUGCGUAUGCGGCCUUCUUCCUUGUCAACAGCUGGCUGAGCAACCUGAUGGACAUAAAUCUCCGUCCUCUUUCCUCGCCCCAGCCAGAUGAAGCCCGUUUUGGAAGAGGCACGGACCCAUCUGCUUCUUUGCUCUUCCGACUCGUCGACGUUGCUGCCCGUACGCUGGAGGCAGCCAGCCCACCCGAAGGCCACCUUGCACGCCGCUAUUCUGCACUUCUACGUGGAAUGGCAGGCUUGACCUUGUCUGGUAACCUCCAAACACAGACGCAAGUCCAUGACUCAAGCGGCAAUCCAAGUGCUAUGUUCAUGGAUGCCAACAGCUUUGCGCCAGAGCAGUUGCAGACGCAUCUCGGUGAAGACCUCUGGGAGAUGUGGCACCAAGCGGGACUGGAACCGAUGGGCUGGUCGAACUUGUUGGAUACCAUUUAG